AUGGACAACAAUCUAGCAAAAGUUCUUCAGGGCAUGUCAUUAGAGGAUGAUAAGUCAAUCAUUAUCCCGGAAGAUGACGAUUAUUGUGCGAUCAAACGAGGCUCCCAGAGCAUCUUAGGUCGUCUGCUGAACCCGGAGUGCCAGAAUAUGGGAAGGAUGCUUAGGACUAUGCCAAAAAUUUGGAAAGUCUACAACAGAGCCCGUGGUAUGGCUCUCACAAGAGAGCGCUUCCAGUUUGUUUUUGAUUUAGAAACAGACUUACAAAUGGUUUUGGAUCAAGGCUUCUGGACCUUUGAUGAUUGGGGCCUGGCGAUGGAAAGAUGGGUAGAGAACCCUCCUCCUAAUUAUCUUCAGACUGCAGCGAUUUGGAUCCGUCUGCAUUACCUUCCGGCGAACUACUUGACACUGAAAACGAUUGACACUGUUGCUGAUGGAGUUGGACAUGUCAAAGUGAUUGAAUUUGAUCCAGAUAAGCCUCUUCUGAAUGACUAUGUACGGGUGCUAGUGGUUCUAGAUCUCAAUCAACCCUUACGAGAUAAAAAAUCAUUAACUCUUCCAGGAGGUAGAGUUGAAUACGUUGAGGUCAGAUAUGAAAGAGUCAGGAAGAAGUGUUUUCACUGCAUGAGGCUUUCGCAUGAGAAACCGAGGUGCCCGGUUUUUCAAGGAGAGAGGAAUAAGGGCAAAGGCUUAAUGGGUCACAAGAGUCAACUUCAGGCUCAAGUAACCCGUCAACAUCACACUGACCUUGCAGAGAAGAUCAUGCCGCUGCUGGCUCCAUCCUUUCCUCCAGGUUUUGAACCACAUUCCUCAGUGAUAGUUCCUGAGGUCUUUGAGCAAAUGCGCCUGUACAUGAACUGCUCGGAUCCAGAUGAGAGAAGCAUUAGAGAAGCUAAAAUGAAGAAGACCCUCAAUGAAUUAUCUCAAGACCCGGUUGCGCAGAGAUCUUGUCUACGUCUUGAGGCAGCUCCAAAGAUCGUCACUGUUCCAUCCCCAGUCAAAGGAAGAGUUUUCGACUUUAGUAAAGUGCAAGAGAAGCAAUCUACAGACGUAGCAGAGUCUUCCUCCAGGAGCAGUGCUAAUCAGUCUUCACGUCCUGAACGUGAUCGGGCUAUUACUCCAUCUCGGAGAAUUCUCUUUGGAGAGACCGACAUUACGGCAGAUAAAGAUAUGAGGAAUGCUUCUGAUAGACACCCUCAACAGAACAUAACAGUUCCUACAGCUAAUAACUUGGUGGGAGUCAGAGAAGGUACACAAGUGGAGGCUGGAGUUUUUGUCAUAGGCUCUGGAGAUAACAUUGGUGACAGAAGUAACAAGAGUCGAAACUCUUACCGUAGCCGCUCCACUUGGUCAAGGAAGAACCAAAAUAACAGAAACAAGUCUGCAUCUAGGCAUGAGUCUGAUAUUCAUGAGCGAGAGGAUGGUAAUGGAAAGCGUAAGGCGGAUGAAGACGGUGAGGUCUCAUCAAAAAUGUCACGAAAACACUCAGGUUUGAUGGUUCACCAGAAACCAUCCAAUCCUCAAUGA